AUUCCUUCCGUGUUGCUUCUUGCCCUGGGUUUCAGAACCCAAGAUGGAGGCCAUCAGUAAAGCUGGGCAUCAUAUGAGUCUAGCAGCACUACAACAGCACGACCCUUACAUUAAUAAAAUCGUCGAUGUUACCGGACAGGUAGCACUGUACACCUUUAAUUCAAAAACAAAUGAAUGGGAAAAAACUGAUAUUGAAGGCACGUUGUUUGUAUAUACCAGGUCUGCCUCGCCUUACCAUGGCUUCACCAUUAUGAAUCGACUCAGCAUGGAAAAUCUAGUGGAGCCCAUAAACAAAGACCUGGAGUUUCAACUACAAGACCCCUUUCUCCUCUACAGGAACUCCAACUUGGCCAUAUACAGCAUCUGGUUCUACGACAAAAACGACUGCCAACGGAUCGCCCAGCUCAUGGCACGGGUAGUGAAGCAAGAGGCCCUGCAGGCCCAGCAGCCCCCCCAAGACUGCAGUACACUCAGCCGGACCAACGGCUGUGUGGUGGAACGUCCCAUCGACAUCCUGGAGCUACUCAGCAAGGCCAAGGAGGAGUACCAGAGGGGCCGCGUCUGUGAGUCUGAUUUGUUAAGCAGUGAAUUGGUGGCGAACCAUGACUUGCCAAGGACUGCAGUGGAGCAGGCAGCUGCGAUACCACAGCACGAGAAGAACUCCCACUCUGGCGUGAAGCAGAUCACCGUGGAAGAGCUGUUUGGAAGCUCUUUACCAAAGGAGCAGCCCCCGCUCGGGUUCACCAACCAAGGAAUGGCGGAAAAGGGGAAGCGCGACUGCCUCGGCCACACCCUCCCCCUGGAGGCCCCGCUGGUUCCCCAUCUGCACACUGACCCUGGGGGGGGCCGCUUGGGCACCACUUCUGCCCUGGCCAACGCUGAGCAGCACCUUGGCUCAACAGAAGCGAAAACCACCCCCAGCUACCCUCUUCGCCCCAGCCCGGUAUUCCACUCCGGGGGGCCCGGGGACACCUGUGCCCAGCCGAUCUCCCCGCACCUUGUCGGGCUCCCGAGCCCCAAACCCGCCGCUUCCGUGACCCGGCCCACACAGCUGACCUCCGGUACCUCGGCCUACCUGCCUCAGGAGGUCGUCGGGCAGCUCAAGGUAGAUGCAUUGCCAUCAGCUGCCCUCAACAAGCCGCCUUUGGCGCCCAGCUUCCUCCCUUCGCUGCUGGCCACGCCUGAAUGCUUCAGGGAGCCCGUGGUCAAGGCCGCGCCCUACAGCACCACACUAGCAGCCCCUGGGCAGAAUAAGGAUGUUGAUAUUUUCAUGCAGCCUCAAAGUCUGGUGAAAACAAUACCAGGGGUCUCUCUGAAGGCGGGGCCAGCCGUGACAGAGGCGGUGCCCUCGCUGCUCCUCUCCCCCAGCGUCUUCCAGAACUCUGCCAAGACGCCUGAAAUGGAGAGGAAGCCCGCCGCUCCAUCCCCCACCUCACUGCGAGCCAGUGAGCUUUCCACCCACCUCAGCCGGCUCCAGCUUCAGGACACCCUCAUUCACCUCAUCAAGGUCUGGCUGCCUCAUUCAGGGUGCCGUUGGUGAUCCGCCUUGUUAACAGCAAAAUGAUUCCACGUUCCUCAGCACCAUCCACGAGGCCUAUCUCCAGAGUGUCGCUAAGAAUCUGAACAACGUCAAGCUAUAGGCCACCACAUGGACUGUAAGCGGACACACACUUAUUUUAGAUGCCAGGCACGGCGAUGUGAGGUCCCUGACGGACCGUCCAGCUUUCUUCCUCACAUAUCCAAGGUCCACCAAGCGGCUGCUCGGCCCAUACAAGUGGUUGGCACUUGUUGGGUUUUUUUUGUCACACAUGAUCUGAUUGGCUUAUGCAGAGAACUCGAUGCAUUUGCGUUGUAGCCCAAUGGCAGCGGCUGACUCCAGAAGGUGUGGGUGCCUUGCAGUAGAAACCUACUGCAGAAUCUGUGAUGGAGUGACUUCCUGUAUCACGUGAUCUCGUAUAGGAAAAAGCAUUUGAAAAAGCAUUGCACCACUCUCAUGCUGCCUGUUGUGGCCACUUUUAAUGUUUGACACUUCUGUCAGUGAGCCCCCCUCUAUUCACCAGUAAGUAGCCCUUCUGUGUAGGAGGUCAGUGCUGAGCGGCAGCCUUAUUUAAUGCCCUGCUCUGUACCAGUGGAUCUGGUAAGAGUAUAAAAAAUACUUCAGUGGACUGUAGAGGUGAAAUUUCAAGAUCAAGAUGUGGGUAUAAUUGCCCCUCUCCAGUUUGUGACUUGUCCUCUAAGGAGCGGUUUAGUGAAAUGUUUGUUUUGUCCACCACACAUCUUGCACUGGGUUCCCACCCAGAUGCCACCCACCCUCUGGGUCGUGUCCUUCAGCCAACCUGGGUUGUUUCUUGCUGAAACCUCUCGUAGGAAGCAUGUUAUAUUUGAGCAUUUCGCUGCCAACAGGGCUCAGCUCGCCGCAUACCUUGGCGUCUUGAUUUUGCACGAUCGAACGCUUCCCUCAAGCAAUUUGUGCGUCAGACACAAACUACCUGGUCCGGAUACUUAUGGUCAUAUGUUCUUCUGAACUAAUCGAAGUUUACCCACUGCUCACAGUCUUCACAUCUGCAUAUGGAAGUGAAUGGAAAUAAUUCUAUCUGUAAGGUAAUUGUCAUUAAAGCAAUUUGCAUAUUGGAGAAUGACCUGUUUUGGCUGCAGCCUGAUUUUAAGCAAACACAAAAACAGCCAGGUACAGUUUAUACUCUCUGUGGCAGAGUAAUUAAAAUUAGCAGCAACUAUGUACGUUACUGGAUUUUUGCCAUUUUUUUUCCCCCAGAAAUACUCGUUUCCCAAUUAAGAUUUUUUUUAAAAAGUUUAUCACCUUGUGCUUAAAAGAUCUAUGACACGUGCAAGCUUCCACUGUUGUAUCAUGGUGUACUUGCUGUCUGCUUAAACACAUGUUCUCACCUCUGGCAUUUUCAGGGUAUGAGAUGUCUAUGAAAUCUGGCUUCGUUUUCAUGCUUUCGAAGUGGUCACAUCAAGGGAAGGUACUUGGCAUUUGGGAAGUGAUAUUCAAAUCCAGUGAUCACUAUUUUUUAAAAGUUGUUUUAAACAGGCAUUUCAUUUUCUCCUUUGUUGCGUUGAACCUGACCAGCAUCUUUGAGUGAAUGCAUCACUAAAAACAACUUGCACAGUGUUUAGUUCAAGAUUAGGUUUUUUUUUUUUUGUGAAGACUUGUUUCCUCCUGUAAUAAGGCUCCACUUCAAGAGUCAUCGAUUCUCCCUUGCUUUUCACGUUGUCUUAUUCAUCCUGUUUUGUACAUUGCAAGUCUAUUUUUAUAAUAAAAAUUAAGUGGUGUUUGCA